CACCGACACAGCUUCUGCUGCUGCCAGAUCCCAUCCGACCGACCAAGACUCCUGCCCGCGCUCCCACUUUCACCAAAAUCCACGACGUCUCUUCUUAUCUCACGAGACCACCCAAAUACCAACCACCUCCGCCACGACUCUCUCGCCUCCUCUCCUUUUUCAGGGAACACAUAGCGACGACAAUCUCACCUUCUACGUCUCCCUCCUCCACAUUAUUAAAUAUAUUCUCCUUCUCCUGAUCAAAUCUUCAGUCUCUCCACCAGGCUCACUCACUCCGCAGCCUGAGCUUCACCGACGCAACUUUUAUCGUCAGAAUUUACCACCCGUUUCAAAAGAAAUCUGUAUCGGGACACAGGGUUGCAUAAAAGUGACAAAGUUCUUGGAGCGGAACAAGUGUGCUGUGGUGACAUAUGUUGCUCUUGGGAAAUUGAUUGAUUCAGAGCACCAGAGUGAAUGUUGGAUUGUGAGGACGCGUGGCAUACUUCAUUCCAGGGCGUAAAUAAGUAGUUACUCUGUCGACACUUUGUUUUACCAGGAAGAAAAAAGUGUGUGUCCAUUCCUUGCUCAACAAACUGUUGUUGUGGUUUGGGUCGCGUCGUCGUCGUAGCGAGUGGAUUCUUGAUAGCAAAAUAUACACAUUCCAUCAUCACGACCACUAGUCUAGAAAUAUAAAUACUUUCUCUUCACGGAUAUUAAGUGGAUCAUUUAGUGAGUCUAGAUCGGGUGAAAGUCUCGAAUUUCACAGGAAAGUUUUGUGGUGGUGGUUGUAUCAGUUGUCUCUGGUAAAUGCGCACACUUCUUGUUCUUGCUGACACCACCCACAUUCACUUAGAAAAGUUGAGCCACGACAAAGUUCUUCCUCCUCGCAGGACGUCAAAAAGAUAGAGAUUCAAGGAGACGGAAAAAGAGUUGAUUCACUUUGCUAACCAAACCAGACCCCAGAAGGCCAACCGUUCUUCGGUGAACUCGCCGCAUCGCAUGGAAAUUCGGAGAGUUGUAAAAUUCGUGUAACACAACCACGAGAGUGAAACGAACAGUUGGAAAAUUGGAUUGCUUCGCAACAGCCUCGCCAUCGCAUCUGCAAAAGAAGUAUUAACCAAGUGACAUUUUAAAGAUUUAGGUCAGCUCUGUACUCUUACCAGAUCACGCAACCAUUCGCCACAUGCCCACACUAGCAUCCAACCACCAGCAACAAUUCCAUCAACACAUUUUCUUCCAAGAAUAAUCAGGAAACAAAGUGAGGGAUCUUGUCGUACAUACGUCGACACUGCCGUCAAAUCGUCAAAUUUUGUUGGCAUCCCCGUGUCCACAUUUUCCUCCAUUCUUCCCGUCACUCCAUGUUCCUCGCGUGUAGGCAGACGAGGAGGCUCCGGUUCCGUGCCAGAACGUAAUAAGUGAAUCAAGCGACUUUUGUUCAAAGUGGAGUUUAAGUGGUGUCAAAAUUGGUUCAAGUCACUUAUUAGUCACUCGUUCCCAACUUUUCUCGUCUCCUCUCGCCCGUUGAGGUUUGGUGCACUUUCCAAUAAUUUGCUCCAAUCAGAUUCAUCCCAACAGUGUAAUGAGGCUAAAAGAGAGGAGGAGGAAGUAGCGAAGAAGACGAGAUUUCAUCAAAGUGUUCGAUUUCCUUUGUUGUCCGGCAGUGGAGCAACAUCGUGCAGGAGGAGAGUGGAAUUGGAUGGAGCAAUUUCCCUAUCCUUGAGUUGAGAUUCUCGCACAAACAGUAUCGCCAUUCCAAUAUUUCAUAAUAGCCAUUGUCUGACACCAACCGCACCGAGGCAGGCACUGGUUCGACCGGAUAGCAAAGUAUUCCGUGAUUGGAUUGAAGAGACGAUAAAAAAAACUCCUACGCAAGACCAUUUCUGUCUCAACUCUCAUUUUCGGCUGGAUCCAUAUUCAAAGCUAUUCUAAGAAUAGCACCAGCCUUACGUUCCACACUCAAAAUUCCAAUUUGGAGUUAUUAUCUGGCUCACCUGCGGAAUAAAAGGUGUCGUUUCCGUUCCCCCCUCACCACUCGCCGUAUAAGACUCAUUCCGCUAUCCGACUAUUCCACUACACGGAAAUGUGCAGCCCAUAGUUAUGCAUAUAUACUUUUAACUGCAGAUUGCUUAAUUCCAGGUUUCCUUCUUUAUAACGUAUGAAUUUUGCCGAGGACAAUCAGUUGAUGACUUUCCCACUUUGUUCCAAAAGUGUUUGAGUUGGAGGAAGAGCCAUUCACAACCCGUUUUUUCCAGUCCUACCUCAGACGAGAAGGAGGAAAAUAAGGAGAAAGUUGAGAAAGUAAAACUUGUAAAACUUUUUUGUUUAUAUGAAUGUGUGCCGGAGAGUGAAUUAUUAAAUUGUUGAGCAAGUUGAGCCCUUUUUUUACAAAAAAGUGGAAUAAUAUUUCCUCCUCGCGUACAAAGUCCACCCACCCACCCGCCAAGAUGCUUCCGUUGUAGUUGAGCGGUGGGAUUUCCUUGAGCAGUAUCAAAUUUUGAGCUGGAAGAAAGUUGUUGGUGGUGGUGCUACUCCAUCCACCAUUUAAUAUUCCCAGAGAGAGCUCCCCAACCAACCUCCACGGCCGAGAUGGAUAUGUACAUGCAUCAAAAAGUGGAAUAUCAUAAGGCCAAUCUAGGAGGAGAAGAAUAAGACGACGUGGCUGCAGCAAGCACUCCUUCAUUCCAACUAAAUUCGACAUAAAAAGCAAAAAGUGGAUUCCGCCCAAAGACUUUUUUUUCUUCUUUCAACUUAUUCACUAACUCUCCACUUCGUACGAACGUACAUCCUCAACACGGGCUGCUGGCUGCCUCCAUUGCCAUUUCACGUUGGAGAAAGCAGUGCCAACUUUCCAUUCCAGUUCACCAUCGUCAUCAAGCAACGCAACGAACGAAACGACCGACCGACCGACCAACGGACCACUCUUGUGUUGUGUGCUUUCUCCUGGAGGAAAAUAGUUGCCCAGAAUUGUGCAAGUUUCUCCGUCCGUACAACAAGUAUAGCCAAAGCAAAAUAGACCAGCAAGCACCCUAUAAAAUAACAAAGGCGAACGACCGACGUAUGCACGCGUUUUUGUGUAAAUAUAGUCCAUGUAGAUAAAUAACGUUGAUUUUAAAUUACGUGCUCUCCCUUCUGACAACCCUUCCGAGCUGUACCCACCUACCUACAUGCUACAUACCUCAUCCAGCGGAGAAGAAAUUACGUAUCUCCGUCUGCACGGCUAUCUAAAUCUUUCCUCGUCCAGAGCUAUAUCAAAGUCUGGAUAGCAAAGGAACAAAUGCGAGUCCGCUGACGAGGUGGAUCAUUUUUUGAAUUGCGAGAUUGGACUCAUUUUUCCCAUCCAGUUGAUGUGGACGAGAUGUGAGGAAGGCUGCUUCGUUGUUGUACGUGACUCACAUUUCGCUUCAAACGGGCAGAAAGAUUGCCAUUGAUACGAUCUCAGACGAAGAAAAAAAGUGCACGAGAGCGAGAGCGUUUCUUGCAACACGAGAAAAUCUUGUGACGGUAGGAAUCUCACAUUUCCUCCGCCUUGGUCCAAUCUGAUUUCAUCGGAGAGGUGCUUCGGAAUAACUUUCCACCUGAAAAUCCCCCAAGUUUUUUAAACAGUCAUUUGUCCCUGGAACGAGGGGAAAAGUGAAGUUUGUUGACGUUGAAAUUGAACGUGCUCAAAUCGUGGGAAUCAUAAGAGCGACAAAAUCAGGAAACUCCACACGAUUCACAAGUUACCAUAAUUCAUUGAGAGAGCGAAUAUAAUAAGUGAGAGGAAAAUCGAUCGCGUUCCUUCCUCCUCCUCCUCGCCGUCGUCUUCUUCUUGUGUUAUUUCCUCCGUCUUCGUGGGACUGAGUUCCAGUGCAGCAGUUCCUUUUCUCCACCGUUUCUCCUCCUGAGCUUGAUAAGAAGACGUUGACGGUGGAGGUGGUGGUGGUGUUGGUUUAAGGAGUGAAAGUGGUGUGCUCUCUCUGUUGACGUGUGGCUGACUGGCCCGCAUAAUGGAAACUUUCACCGAGUCUCCUUCUCACUUGAACACUACUAUUUCUGACACGUCGUAAUAAGAGUAGACCCUUUCGCUCGGGUGUAGCGUAUAUUUCGCGUCGUAUUUCAUACAGCCUGAUUUGGACACGGACAGACAGACAGACUGAUACAAAUUAAGGCUUCUCAUGGUUCACUUGCAUGGUUUCUGAAAUGCGGAGGGUGGCGAGGUGUUGAGGGGACGGAGUUUUAUGGGUAAGUUCAACUUGUUCAAGUCGCGAAGAAUGGGCUGUCGAGGGAGCAAGGAGGAGGACGACGCGGGGGGUGGGAGCAAGAAUGGUGGUGGGGCCAGCGGGUCGGCGGGGGCAGCGGCGGGUGGAUCGACAGCAGCAGCACCAGCAGCUGGCCCAUCAUCUGGCGUGGCUCAGGCCGAUCCUCGCAUUCCCAUGACGGCCAAACAAAAGUACAGUCUCGUGGCGUCCUGGAAGGGAAUUCACAGGGCGUUGGAACCCACGGGCAUUCUCAUGUUCGUCAAACUGUUCGAGGAGAAUGCCGAGCUGUUGGAUCUGUUUGAGAAAUUCCAAAAUCUGCGAACACGUCAGGAGCAAGAAGAAAGUCUCGAGUUGGCGGAACACGCCACGAUGGUGAUGAACACGUUGGACAACGCAAUUCGUACGCUUGACAAUCCCGAUGCUUUCUUCCAAUUUGUGGAGCAAGUCGGUUCCACACAUCGUCGCAUCCCCGGAUACAACAAAGACUACUUUUGGAAAAUUGAGAAGCCGUUUCUGGAAGCCGUGAAGACGACGUUGGACGAGCGGUACACAGAAAAUAUUGAGAACAUUUAUAAGAUAGCCAUUCGAUUAAUUAUAGAGACAUUGGUAGCCGGCUUUGAAAAGGCGGCAGGAUGAUAACAUAUUGCUAAAGACUAUAUUAUAUGUUCUGUUAUGGAUUAUUGUUCAUUAUUACUAAACUCCACAAUGUCCGAGAGAACAAUUCUGCACAACUGUCUGCAUACAUGAUCCAUGAGAAGAAGAUGUAUUACUCCCACGAUGAAUGAUGACGAGUACGAAUUCCCCUUUGAUUUCUCAACUUGCUAGUGGAUACCGUGUAUCAUGCGUGAGUGUGGUUUUAUAUUCUAUUGAGAUACAUACAUACAUAUUAUACGUACGGGUGAUGAAGUAGAUAAAAUGCACUCGGAGACGAGACACGCUAUAUUGCUCCCUCCGAAAAAUGAUACAGUACAUGUGUGUGGGUGGAUCUGUGUAUGUGUAAUGGGUUGUAUAACUGUGAAAAUAUUUAAGAAUAUAGUUAGAUACAUCUAUAAAUAUGUUAAGAACGGCGUGUAUGUUGGAUUUUGGAAUCAUGAAAUUACCACUUCAACAGAAGGGAGUUAAUGCAACUUUAUAAACAUUUUAACCGAAUCUGUUAGUUUUAACAACCAUUUACUCUUAAUAAACGAAAAUACACUUAUA